CUCCUUAAAUAACGACUCGGGUCGAGGCGGCAAAGACACCUGUCACUUCCACCACGCACCCCUAGCUCUGCUCUGGCUUCCCUCCGACACGAUUCUACAGCCGACUUCCGCUUAAAAAAAAAAAGAAGAAACCAAUACAAAGCCAACUGAAUAUUGCACUUGAUCUACUUCCAGAGGAUGCUAGAUAUUAAGACACUUGCAUAAGUUGAGCUGUUGCCACUGCUAGAAGUUUCUAAACAAAAAUAUGGGGUCUUAUGUGGAUUUGGAUUUCAAGAAAAUCGAUGAUGCAUCACCUGGGGAUGGAAGUAAUGAGAAGCCACAAGGAGAUUAUGCGUUGACUCAGCAGCCUUCUAUAUACUCCUUGACAUUUGAUGAGUUCCAGAACACCUUGGGUGACCAAGGAAAGGAUUUCGGAUCCAUGAAUAUGGAUGAACUUUUGAAAAAUAUAUGGACUGCUGAGGAGACUCAAGCCAUGACAUCUUUGGCUGGUGGAAGGGAUGGAAAUGUCCUGGGUGGGAAUUUGCAGAGGCAAGGAUCUUUGACAUUGCCAUGGACACUUGGUCAGAAAACUGUUGAUGAAGUUUGGAGAGACUUGAUUAGGGAAAGUAGUUGGUACGGUGCUCUAGAUGGGAGCGUCACUGGGGGAUCAAAUUUGCCGCAGAGGCAACAAACUCUGGGAGAGAUGACUUUAGAAGAGUUUUUGAUGAGAGCGGGAGCGCUGGGAGAAGAUAUCGAACUAACUAGAAGGCUUACUGGAUUCUAUGGUGAACUAUCUCAACCAAAUGAUAAUACCAGUUUAGCUUUUGAGUUUCAACAGCCAAGUCGAAGUAAUGGUGUCUUUGUCAAUCAGAUAACAGAGAACAAUAAUUCAAUUCCUACUCAACCUGCUAGUUUAGCACUGAAUGCAGGUCGAGUUAGGUCUCCUCGCCAACAAAUUCAGCAGCAGCAGCAACAACCACUCUUCCCCAAACCUUCGACUGUGCCUUUUGCCUCUCCCAUACAUCUAGUAAACAAUGCUCAGCUUGCUUGCCCGCAAAGUAGGAGUACAGUCGUUGGAGUUGCAAAGCCUACUGUGAAUACUGGUUUAGUCCAGAAUGGACGAAUUAGCAAGGUUGGUUUGGGUCCUGGGGCUAUCUCUAGUGUGGCUGGAUCCGCUGCAAGUCAGAUAUUAUCAAAUGUGAUUGCAAAGAAUGGUGUACAUACGGCUUCAUUGCCACCAGUUUCAUAUGUAUUUGGCCAGGAAAGGAGAUGCGGGGUUAAUGAGAAAGUAGUUGAGAGAAGGCAAAGGAGAAUGAUCAAGAACAGAGAGUCAGCUGCAAGAUCACGGGCUCGUAAGCAGGCAUAUACCUUGGAACUGGAAGCAGAAGUUGCAAAACUCAAAGAAAUGAACCAAGAAUUACAGGAAAAACAGGAAGAAAUUAUGGAGAUGCAGAAUAACCAGGUAGAUGUCCCCUUAGAUAUUUCUUAUAAGGUUAAGAAAUCUCAACUGUAGUCACUCAAGCCUGGAAAUAGCUGGUUAAAGGGGUUUCGGAAGAAGUUGCAGUCUCUUAUGCUCACACACGCCACACACAUGUACAGAGAAACACAUUAUUUUGAACUCAGUUCAGUUCUUUGUCGAUUUAACGAGUAGAGCAAGAUUUUAUAUAUCUUGUUCCUUUAAUAGGUUCUUGGUGUAAUCCGUAUAAAAGAAAGUGUUCUAACUCUAAACUAGAGAUUGAACAACUCCUUCUCUCUGUCUGUUGUGGCAGGUAUUAGAUCAAAUGAAUCAGCAGUGGGGAAGCAAAAGACAGUGCUUGAAAAGGACACUGACGGGCCCUUGGUAGUGAUGAUGAAUUCGAGGGUGCAUGGAUAUAAGUAGAACUAGUGCUUUGAGUACGCUGAUGUAGGUGUUGAUGCUAUCCCAUUCCAGGUCCUCAUACUACAGUUUAGUUUAGGUAUAUAGCUGUAUAUAGUAAGCAUUAUAAGAGAAGGAGCACAUACAGUUUUGAGUUGUAAAUUAUGAACUGAGAUAAAGAGUUUUAUCCUGUAAAAUUAUUAAAGCUUUUGUUGUUUGUGAUUUCUCA